AAGGUGACGAGGAGGUGUAGGUACGCUCAGAUGGAGAUCACGAGCACGGCGAUGCUGAGGCCGGUGUACGGCAAGCCGCACCCCCUCGCCGGCGCGGCGGUGCAGCUCACCGUGUUCGACCGGGCGGCGUUCGACCUGUACGUGCCCAGCGUGCUGGCGUACCCGGCGCCGGCGCCGUCCAACGAGGCGGUCAAGGAGGGCCUCCUCACGGCCGUCGCGGCGUACCCUCACCUGGCCGGCCGCCUCGCCGUCGACCGCCACGGCCGCCGCUUCCUCCACGUCAGCAACGAGGGCGUGCUCGUCGUCGAGGCCACCGUCGACGGGGCCGACCUGGCCGACGUGCUCGCCAGCGGCGGCCGCGCCAUGGCCACCGACGCCGACCUCUACCCUGCAUUGCCCGAGGACAACGUCGGCGCGGCUCUGCUGCAGAUAAAGCUCAUCCGCUACAGGUGCGGCGGCCUCGUCGUCGGUAGCAUCUGCCACCACCACACCGCCGACGGCCACUCCAUGAGCGCCUUCUUCACCGCGUGGGCGAGCGCGGUGCGCGAGGGGGAGGGCUUCACCGUGCCGACGCCUUUCCUCGACCGCGCAGCCACGGCCGUGCCCCGCAGCCCGCCUGCGCCGGCGUUCGACCACCGGUCUAUCGAGUUCUUCGAGGGAGGAGAAGCCGCCGCCGCCGGCGGCGGCAGGUCGCACGCCGUCGUGCCCAUGGACAAGAUCAGGGACCUGAACGUGCACUUCACGGCCGAGUUCGUCGCCGAGCUCAAGGCCCGCGCCGGCGGCCGGUGCAGCACGUUCCAGUGCCUGCUCGCGCACGUGUGGAAGAAGGUCACGGCGGCGAGGGACCUGAGCCCGGAGGAGUUCACGCAGGUGAGGGUGGCCGUGAACUGCCGGGGGAGAGCGAACCCGCCGGUGCCCAUGGACUUCUUCGGCAACAUGGUGCUGUGGGCGUUCCCGAGGCUCCAGGUGCGCGAGCUCCUCCACGCCAGCUACGCCGCCGUCGUCGGCGCCAUCCGCGACGCCGUGGCGCGCAUCGACGACGAGUACAUCCAGUCGUUCGUCGACUUCGGCGACCGGGCGGCGGCGGCGGGGGAGGGGGAGAAGGAGGAGGAGCUCGUGGCGACGGCGGCGGCGGCGGGCACGAUGCUGUGCCCGGACCUGGAGGUGGACAGCUGGCUGGGGUUCAGGUUCCACCAGAUGGACCUCGGCACGGGCCCGCCGGCGGCGUUCCUGCCGCCGGACCUGCCCGUGGAGGGGCUGAUGGUGUUCGUGCCGUCGCGCGCGGCGAAGGGCGGCGUCGACGUGUUCAUGGCCGUGGCGGAGCAUCACGUCCAGGCGUUCGAGCAGAUAUGCUACUCGUUGGAGGAGGGACAUGGACGUCACGUCGGGCCGUGUCACCUUUAGACGACCAUGCAUUAAGAGUAUGAUUAUAUAUAUCACUUUUCACGUAUUUGGCACUUCGUAUUACAACGAAUCGAUCACAUGUCUAGAUUCGUUGUUAAAAAUUGUUAAAUCCAAUAGUAGAUAGCUAUAUUUUAGAAUAGAUAAAGUACGUGAUCAUACUUGGUUAUUACUAUGAUGUAAUGUUCUCUAGCUCCAUGUAAAUAUAUGCAGAGACUGGAGAAGCGGGUUUGUGUUAACUGCUAAGCGUGAUUAGCAGUAAAGUAAUGUGCAAAUUUGUUCUAUAAGAUAUAUAAGAUUGAUGUCUUGAUGGGAAGAAGCAAAAACAAUGUGUACUCCUGUGUGAUAAUAAGUGAAUAUCUGAAGCAGGCAUG